GGGACGUGUCUGCAAGGCUACUGGCUCACAGCGGGAAGGGGCGUGUCCGGGCCGCCCCGAGGCCCACCCGGAGCUUACGCUGCCCCUGUUGAGUGGUACGUCUCACACAACUACAGCCAGCUAGGGUGGCGAUAAGCGGCACUUCGGAGGAGUGGCGUGACGAGGCCCAGCCUUCCUGGGUGCGGCGUCUGGUCCCUUCCCAGCUUUCCCUCCUCACGGUGCUUGGUGGUGGUAACCCAUUGGAGUUCCGGUUCCGGUUGCUGUGGCUGCGGGCGGGCGGUCUGCAAAUGAAGAGCCCUGAAAAGAAGCGAAGAAAGUCCAAUACUCAGGGUCCUGCAUACUCACAUCUGACGGAGUUCGCUCCACCCCCGACCCCCAUGGUGGAUCAUCUGGUCGCUUCUAACCCUUUUGAGGAUGACUUCGGAGCCCCUAAGAUGGGGGGUGCGGGCCCUCCGUUCCUUGGCAGUCCUGUACCCUUUGGAGGCUUUCGUGUACAGGGGGGCAUGGCAGGCCAGGUCCCCCCAGGCUAUGGCACUGGAGGAGGAGGGGGUCCCCAGCCGCUUCGUAGGCAGCCACCUCCUUUUCCUCCCAACCCUAUGGGUCCAGCUUUUAAUAUGCCUCCUCAGGGCCCUGGCUAUCCGCCCCCAGGCAAUAUGAACUUUCCCAGUCAGCCCUUCAACCAGUCUCUGGGCCAAAACUUUAGUCCACCUGGUGGGCAAAUGAUACCAGGCCCGGUGGGGGGAUUUGGUCCCAUGAUCUCACCCACCAUGGGGCAGCCCCCUAGAGGCGAGCUCGGUCCUCCUCCUCUCCCCCAACGCUUUACCCAACCAGGAGCACCCUUUGGUCCUUCUCUUCAGAGACCUGGUCAGGGACUCCCCAGCCUGCCUCCCAACACAAGUCCCUUCCCUGGUCCAGACCCUGGUUUUCCUGGCCCUGGUGGUGAAGAUGGUGGAAAGCCCUUGAAUCCACCCGCCCCCACUGCUUUUCCCCAGGAGCCCCACUCAGGCUCCCCAGCUGCUGCUGUUAAUGGGAAUCAGCCCAGUUUCCCCCCUAGCAGCAGCGGUCGAGGUGGGGGCACUCCAGAUGCCAACAGUCUGGCACCUCCAGGCAAGGCAGGUGGAGGCUCAGGGCCCCAGCCUCCCCCGGGCCUGGUGUACCCUUGCGGUGCCUGUCGGAGCGAGGUGAAUGAUGACCAGGAUGCCAUUUUGUGUGAGGCCUCCUGCCAGAAGUGGUUUCACCGUGAGUGCACCGGCAUGACCGAGAGUGCCUACGGCCUGCUGACCACCGAGGCCUCUGCCGUCUGGGCCUGUGAUCUCUGCCUCAAGACCAAGGAGAUCCAAUCCGUCUACAUCCGUGAGGGCAUGGGCCAGUUGGUGGCUGCCAACGAUGGGUGACUGUGCGAUGGCUUGGGGAAGUGUACAUCUCCACCAUGCUCUUGCAGGGUGACUCUCGCUCCUGUCUUCCACUGGCUCCCCAUCCCCAUGGAGCAGAAGCAUGGCUCCUGGGAGCAGAAAAGGAACUGAGGCAGGCAGGCAGGCAGAAGAGCCUGGGUUGCUUGCUUGUUUGUUUGUUUCUGGGAACUUGUGCACUGAGUACCUCCCAAGACACAGGAAACAAGUCUUGCUGAGCAGAGCCAUUCCUAGAGUCCAACUCGAGGCUGCAAGAGAAAAGGGGCUGGAGGAAGUUUCAGAGGGCAAGGAUGUCCUGUGCGCAGAUGACCCCAACACCCGUGCCUACAAUCCCUGCAUAGCCCCAUGGCUGCUGCUGUAGUUCUUGGAGUCAUGCGUUCAAGGUUUCUUCGCUCCCUGAGAUAGAGCCCCUUUCUUCAGUCCUGGAAACAAAAGUGGGGAUUUCUCUCUUCUCUCUGUCCCUUUGCUUCCCCUGGACCUGACUUACUCCAUUCCUUGUGGAGCACCAAAUACCUUGAAACAGGAGCGUUCCUGACCAGAGCAAUUGUCUGUCUGGGGCUUCAAGACUGUAGGUAAGAUGCUGAGAAGACACCUUCCUCAUACCAAAGUCACUGGUCCUCUCUCAGCUUCUCUUGUGGUUUUCUCUCAGUGACCAUAUGUUUUGCCAAAAAUUGGGAUAUGUGGUCUGAGUGACCAGAGUAUUUGAAGUUUGGGCUCCCCUGGAAAUCUGGACUGGAGGUCUAAGCCCCUUUGUCCCCGCUUGUCUGGUGCACAGUGUGACAGUGCUUUUCUUCAGCUCCUGGUACUCAUUUUCUCUGUCUCUCUUGGGGAAAUGUACCUUGUACCUCAUUCCGUCCCUGAUGAAAGGACCCAAGGGAGGCCCUGCUAUGGCUUUGGGGACAGGCUGGGCAGUAGGACCCUCAAAGCCAUGACACUAUGAGCUGAAAGAACCCGAAGUUUUCUCUUACCCUUUUUUAUCCUGCGAUGUCAUCUUGGGCCUGGUGAUCCAGCAACUAGGCUUGGUGUAUUUUUAUUUUUGUACCACUCUCUGCCAGCAAUGGGAUUGUGGCCUGAUCAGGAGACCCUCUCAGCUGCUCUUCUCUCCAGCUAACCCCAAUGUCCAUUCCUCAACUGGGUGGGGAAGGCAGGCUUGGGUGUGGCCCUCCUGAGAGAGUCAGAGGUGCCCAUCUUGAUGAUAAAGGCUACCCUCUGGGACGUCCCAUCUCAGUCCUCAUGCUUCCUGCAUGGGGAGAGAGAAGACACUCAGAGUUGGCAGCCUUUGAAGCUGAAGGCGGCAAGGGUGGACCUGCUUCUUACUCUGCGCCCCUCAGCUCCUAAGCCUCUCUGCUUAGCUCUGUGUUGUGCUGUGGUUUUGUUCGCACCUGUUACCUGCCACUACUUUUGUGUUGUCUCCAUGGUUUGUAAAAUGCUCCCGGGGAGGGCCCAUCCCCUUGUUCUUCUCUGCUGCUCUUUGGAAGAGAGUGGGUUGGCAGGGAUGCUGUUACAGGAUCUUUUUGUACGGUUGGAUUAAUAAAAUGACAUGAAAAUCCAAA